AUGGCAGCGCGUCCGCCUCCAGAGCGGAAGGCUGGGUCUUCACAGAUCAAUCCUCCAUUGCUUUCAUCGUCAGUUUUUGCUUGUACAACACCUAGCUCGAUACCGAUAUUAAUGUCACAACGUGAACAAUGCAAUUUUGUUAGAGGUACGACGGAACGAAUAGUUUAUGUUACUUGCCCUGAUGACGAAGUUGCCAAGAAGUUGGCUCGAGGUCUUUUAGAAGAAAAACUGGUCGCCUGCGUAAAUAUAAUUCCAAAGAUCUCUUCACUUUAUUGGUGGGAUGGCAAAAUUGAAGAAUCUUCUGAGCUCUUGUUAAUGAUUAAAACCUUGGACAAGCAUCUUGGAGAAAUAACAGAUUAUGUAAACAAAAAUCAUGGUUAUAGUGUACCGGAAGUUCUUUCAGUAAAGGUUGAUGGCGGAAAUGGCCCUUAUUUGAAAUCGAUAAAUGAGAAUGUUAAGCAAUAA